AUGAUGCUCCUGAUGAAGGAGUCGAAGGACAAGGCUCUCAGCGCGGGCAUCGAGCCGCAGCGCUGCUUCUCAGUCAACGAGAUGAAGAGCGGCUUGUUCUGGCAGUCGUGCCGGUGCAGGGGAUGGAACACCCUCCUGUGCAACCUCAUGGUGACCACCGACGACGACGAGGUCGAGGACCCCAAGAACCAGGCGCCUUGGAUGCACGAGUACCUGCACGGCAUGGGGCACGAGGUCUACGGCUUCCUCCCCGCCGCCAAGUUCCACGGCUGGACCUUCAGAGGCAUGGUCAAAGAGGCCUACAGGAUCUCCGGGUGCAUCGUCUUCGCCGCGCAGAUCGACGGGGUAGUUGUGCUGGCGCCCCUCAAGCACAGGAAGGCCGGCACGGUCGUGGUGACCGCCGACAUGGUGUUCUUCGUGCUAGCGCAGGACGAGGAGGAGCUGCGCGGAUUUGCCCUGGACCCCGCAGUGAGCAAUUGGAAGGCCGUCUUCCUGCAGCAGCGGCGGCGCAUGUUCGCCGAGAUGGCCGCGAGGCGGGAGGGAGAUGCUGCUGGCAAUGGCAGCAGCACGAGACCGGCGACCGAGGCGAGGCGCACGGCCCGCGCCGCCCAGGCCGUGGACUCGCCCGAGGGCAGCGACGCGGACGCCAGGCGGCAGUCCAAGGCGCCCAGCCAGAAGUCGCCGCUCCUGCGCGGCGGGGGCGAGGAGGAGGCCUUCCCGCGGGGGCCCGAAGAGGCCCGCGGUAGCAGGUCGGAGUCGGCCUCGAACCAGGCCGCGUCCCCCAGCGAGUCGAGCGAGUCGGGAGACGAGCUCGCCCGGCACACCACUCUCACCUGGGACGCAUUCCAGCGUCAAAACUCGGUGAUGGCGCUGCGAGCGAUGAACGAGCAGGAACAGGCGCCCUUCCUGAUGCGGAAGAAGAUGGCCGAGAGGGCGGAGGAGAUCAAGCUCGGGGGCGAGGCCAACCCGUUCGUGCUCGUGCUGGACUUCUCCCAGUCGUGGGACACCGUGCUGUCGUUCCUGAGGCACAACCGCUCGCCCCUCCUGCCCUUCAGGAUGCGCGUCGUGGUGCUCUGCAGCAUGGCGCUCACCGAGGGAGCGGCCGCGCAGCUGAACAUGGCGCAGGACGGGCAGCUGGGCAUCCUGCAGGGCAGCCCAAACUGGCCCCCGGACAUCCGCCGGAGCGGCGUCACCGAGUGCAGCAUCAUCGUGUGCCUCGGCCAGGACGGCACGAGCGACGCCCACUUCACUGGCGAGCUCGUCGCGAUGCUCGACGCCGACGUCGUCAUGCUGCAGCGCAUGCUCGACGGCAUGGGCCUGGGCCACAAGCCCAUGAUCUUCGAGUUCAAGCGCGUGCAGAACAUGCGCCUGCUCCAGCAACCGAGGAGGAGCGAGCUCCACGAGGAGGCCGCCAACGACGAGCGCUACUUCCUGGACCACCGCUUCGCGUCCGGCGAGAUCUUCGCGGCGCAGCCGCUGGGAUCCCUGCUGGCGCACGCCUUCCACACCCCGGGCAUCCUCGAGGUCAUGCAGGCGCUCAUCAACGGCAGCGAGCACGGCAAGGACUCCGAG